AUGCGUUCUCCCGCAGCGGCCCUCGUCCUGCUGGUCCUCGCGGUCCUGCUUGCGACGCCGACAGCCCUCGCCCUGCCCAGCUCCGCCCAGACCGCAGACGUUCUCCCCCUCGCGCACUUCCCCACCGCGCCGUCUCCCCCACCACGUGCCGCACCUCCCGCCGUCGUCAAGUCGCGCCGUCGUGCCCGCAUUCGCUUCGUGCGCGGCUCGCCGCCCAACAUCUCGUGGGACCCGCUCGGCAACGCCGAGGCGGCGAGCGAGGCGUUCCACCCUCUGAGCGUGCGCGCGCCGGGAGCUCCGGCUGUGCCUCCUGCGGUCGCGGCCGCGGUCGACGACGGACCGAAGCGGCUGCCCGCCGAGGACAAGGGUGCCGAGGGCGACGAGGUGGACGAGGAGGCGGAUCAGGAGGACGAGGACGAGGAGGGCGAGGACGGUUGGGUCGAGGUCGAGGGCGACAUGCUCAGCGAGGAGGGCUGGCUUCGGCGUCGCAGCGUCGCACGAAAGGAGAAGGAAGAGCCUUGA